GCCUGGAGCAGCAGAGCGUUCACUGAGCUCCCUAAGAUUUCCUAAAUAUUUCUACACACUGCUGCUCCCUGCAUAGGCUGCAGCGCAUUCCUGAGUCCCUCACCUGCAAAGAGCAAGAACCUCCUCUGAUUCAUAGCAGGAGCGUAGGCUGAAGCAUUCACAGAAAGCAUGUUGAAGAUUCUGCUUAUCACGACUUUGGUUCAUUUCACUUGUGCACAAGACACAGAAGAGACAAUAACAUACACUCAAUGUACUGAUGGUUAUGAGUGGGACCCAAUGAGACAACAAUGCAAAGAUAUUGAUGAAUGUGAAAUUGUACAUGAUGCAUGUAAGGGUGGAAUGAAAUGUGUUAACCACUUUGGAGGGUAUCUUUGCUUACCAAGAACUGCCCAAAUACUGGUUAAUAAUGGACAAGAUGAUAGCCCUAACACGCCACAGGAGCCUGCUGGCUCUCAACAAAUUAAUGGGCAGAAUACGGCAGUGGAGGUCCAUAACCCCCCUAAUGUUCAACAAGUGGUUCCAAAUGCUCCGCAGCGAAUACAGUGUGCACCUGGCUAUGAACCAACUGCACAAAAUAUGUGCCAAGACAUAGAUGAAUGUGCUGCAGGCACCCACAAUUGCAGAUCUGAUCAAGUAUGCUCCAAUCUGAGAGGUUCUUUCAGUUGCCAGUGUCCCAGAGGACUUCAAAGAAGAGGGGACCAAUGUAUUGACAUUGAUGAGUGUGCAUUAUCGUCAUAUUGUCAUCAUCUUUGUGUUAACACAUUUGGUUCAUACUAUUGCCAGUGUAAUCCUGGGUUUCAGCUUUCAGCCAACAACUAUAGCUGCACAGAUAUCGAUGAGUGCGCUAGUAGUCCAUGUGCGCAGGAAUGUUAUAACAUGGUUGGAUCAUACUUCUGCCAAUGUAACGCCGGAUAUGAGUUGAGCAGAGAUAGAGUUAAUUGUGAAGAUAUUGAUGAAUGCAGAACAUCUAGUUAUUUGUGCCAAUAUCAAUGUGUCAAUGAACCAGGAAGGUUUUCCUGCAUAUGUCCAGAAGGCUAUCAACUUGCUGGAACUCGAACAUGUCAAGAUAUAAAUGAAUGUGAUACUGAUGCUCAUGAUUGUGGAGAAGAUACCAUGUGUUGGAAUUAUUAUGGUGCAUAUCGAUGUUACCCAAGAAACCCUUGCCAAGAGCCAUAUGUUCGCAUGUCUGAAAAUCGGUGUGUCUGCCCUGUUGCAAAUCCUAUUUGCCGAGACCAGCCAUACAGCAUUCUCUAUAAAUACAUGAGCAUUCACUCAAACAGACCAGUUCCUGCUGAUAUCUUCCAAAUUCAGGCUACCAUGAUUUAUUCAAAUACAAUCAACACAUUCAGGAUUAAAUCUGGAAAUGAAAAUCAAGAUUUUUACUUGCGGCAUACAAGUGGAAUCAGUGCAAUGCUCGUUAUGGUGAAACCGUUGACUGGACCAAGAGAAUAUAUUGUUGAUUUGGAAAUGGUGACGGUUAACAGCUUAAUGAAUUAUCGGUCAAGCUCCAUAUUGAGGUUAACAAUAGUAGUGGGACCAUACUCAUUUUAAAUAUGUACUGGGAAUUGCCAAAUACUAUGAUCUAUGGUACAUCACUACUAUAUUAUUUAUACAUUUCAUUGAAACACAUUAAUCUAAGCUCAGAUUAGAAAAAGUAUUGAAAAAAAAGCUAUAAUGUACAAAAAUAUACAUGUUUUUGGCUUUUUUUUCUUAAUUGCGUUCAGCAUUAUAAUAACUGGGCUCUAAUUACAAAAAUAUCAAGUGUAUUAAAACAAUAUCAUAUUUUUAUUAUGUAAAUAGCUUGCCAGUAGGACUACAUUAAUUGAAUUUUCUAAUUUUGUUAUGAUUUUUCUAUACUGUACUUAAUGAACGUAUAGGAGGUUUUUAUAAUACUGAUUUCUCCAUAUUGGACCAGAUUCAGUUCAGUGAGAAAAAGGCUUAUCACAUGAAAAAACUGGAACUGGAUUUGGAGAAAAGUUUUUUCCUCCUUGAAUUGAAUCUUGCCUAUGGGUUUUCUCAUGAUUUCUGAUGAUACAGUUUUUCUCACUGAACUGAAUCUGCCCCAUUAUUUGAUGCAUUUUCAAGUAGCAUAUCUGAAUAUGAAAGAGAAAAGCUUUUAGUCAAUGGCUUCUAAGGUUUCCCAAUCCACUCAACAAAUCCAAGCAAUGUCCAGGGUAUUUGAAUGUAUUGGGUUGGCAUUUCAGCAUGUGUCAAUGUACUUUGCUAUUGUAGUAAGGGUGGUCUGAAGCACAUUGCAUUGUAGGCCUAAUAAAUUUGUAGUUAGAGGAACCCCAACUUAUUAAGAUUACUUUACUCUUCAAUUUAUUUUCAAUGAGGUUUAGAAGCUUGUCUGGGCAGUUGGGGUCUGGCAUCAUAUCCCUUUUAUUUAUACUAUAGGUGCCAGGACACAUAGUAAACACCAUACUGUGGGUCUCUGCACCUACUGGUCAAUACCUACUAGAUAACUCUCUGUGGUUAUAAGAGGGUACCAUUUGCACCGGUUCUGCCAGUGCUGCAAAGUAGUACUGAUAGUGAAUAUUUAUGAAUUAAUUAUCAGUAUCAUGUAAUGCCUAUAAUGUUUUCUGAAAAGCAUAUAUUGAAAGUCCUUCAAAAUAUUUCACAGCUUUUGAUGUUAGACUUAACUGUCUAUCAUUCUGCUGCUUAUGAUCUUGAUCAUAAUAAUAGUUUUUGUAUAAAUACUAAUAAAGGGGUGGUUUACCUUUAACUUAACUGUUAUUAGCAUGUUAUAGAAUGGCCAAUCUCUUCAAUUGUUCUUAAUAUUAUAUUUUAUAGCUUUUGAAUUAUUUGCCUUUCUCUUUUGAAUCUUCCCAGCUUUUAAAUGACCAUUGCUUUUUGAGGCUGCAAUUUUAUUACUUAAAUUUCUAUUGAGACCCUCCCCUAUUCAUAUUCCAGUUUCAUUUAGACCCUAGCAACCACAUAGCUGCUAAAAUUCCAAACUGAAGAGCUAAAUAAUUAAAAAAACACAUAUAAUAAAAAAAGAAGACUAGUUGCAGAUUGUCUCAGAAUAGCACUCUCUAUUACAAAAUUCAAAACCCCAGUUUCUGUUAUGCCUAGCUGAUCUUUUACAGUAACUAUUUAUGUGCAAGUUUUUUAGUAUUUCCUUAUACUAGUUAGUAAACAUUUCCUGAUAUUCAUCUUAGUUAACCUGAUUUUCUGUGCAAACUAACUUCAUUGCUUGUAUUACUUACUACAGGUAUCGGAUGCCUUAUCCGGAAACCCAUUAUCUAGAAAGUUCAAAUUACAGAAAGACCAUCUCCCAUAGACUCAAUUAUAAAACAGUACCUUGUACUUGAUCCCAACUAAGAUAUAAUUAAUCCUUAUUGGAGGCAAAACAAUCCUAUUGGGUUUAAUUACUGUUUAAAUAAUGUUUUUAGCAGACUUUAGGUAGGGGAAUCCGAAAGAUCCCUUAUCCGGAAAACCCCAGGUCUCGAGCAUUCUGGAUAAUGGGUCCCAUACCUGUAUUAUCUCUCUCUCUUUGUUUUUUUUCCUCCUCUGGUUUCUAUUAAUAUUAUGUUGUUAAUAUUGAUACAUUAAUUUCAAUUUAUUGACAAUGUUUGUUUUGUCAUCCUUUUGGAAACCAUACAUUGUAUGUUCAGUUUAUAUUCCCUUUACUUGUUAACCCGUUUUUAAAAAAAACUUUAGUUUUCUUAAAAAUAAAAGAACAAAAAAAAAAAAACUACUAUUUUCUGAUCUAAAAUUUCUAUCCAUAGGAGCUUUAGGAUGCCAAAAGCUGGAUUUUUUUACCAGGGUUUUAAUAUCCUUGUUUUAAUGCAUAGCAAAGAAAAUAUAUUUUCUUAAUGUUAACAGUAAAAUAUAUAUAUAAUUUUUCAACAUUCAAGUACCGUAUUAUUCUGUUAAACAAAAUACCUUAAGCACUACACUCUUUUUAUAACAAAAUAGAGUUUGUUUCAUUACUUUGUAUUAUUUACAGUGUUACUGAGUUUUGUGAAUGAAAAGCAAUUACAUUUUUUUAUGCACUGGUGGGGCAUUGUAAAAUCCAUUGCUGUUUUUACUUUAUUGUACAAAGUUUUUUUAGCAAAAUAAAUGUAAAACUAUAAAGUA